CCAAGUUUGGAUUGUCAGAAGAAGGCCAACAUCAUCAUAAAAAAAACAAUCUCGAGAGCGAAAAAGCAAUCUCGAAAGCAUAAAAUCAAUCACCCAAACAACAAAAAUAAUGCAGGUCACUAUUCCCGAGUUCUACAUCGCCCUGGUCCUCUCCGAAGGGGGAGAGCCCAGCCCCGCUGAAUACGAAAACCUGCGAUUAGCUACCUGCAAACACCUCCUUGAGCGGCUCUCUGCGGCAUACUCCAACAUUGGCAAAGUCGAUCUGAAGUUCCUUGCCACAGAAUUCGGAACCAAGAAACCAGAUCCAAAGUUUCAAGUGUUUGUGGAGGCCGAAGCAACCAUCUCCUGCUCGGGAACGCAGCCAAAAGCGCAGGGCAUCCUCGAAACUCUCCUUGGGACCUUUGAUCGGGACUUUUUGUUGAGGUCGGUCCGCCGGUUGGAAGGUUCGCCGUUCGCGUCUGCGGUGGAGGUACAAGCACGCCGUUUGAAGAGGCCCACAGCUGGUGGAAGUGUGAAGGCGCCCGCUUUUUACAUGGCUUUUGUCUGCUCUCGGAAACCAAGUGCGAAUCCGUCGUCUCAAGAAAAGGAAAGUUUCCUUCAGCUCACACAGGAAGAAGCCACCCGACAGUUGAGGAAACAGUACGAUACAGACUUUGACGAAUUGUCGCUUUCGAUUGUCAAGACCGAGAUCAAUGAGAGUGCUGGCAAGCCAGAGCCGCAGUAUAAUCUAUACGUGCAAUUUGAGGCCACUGCCAAGUUCUCACAAAACACCCCAAGUCCAAACGAGCUUUUCCAAGGGUUGGGGAGACUCGUCAAUGCUGAAUACCUCCAAGGGGUUCAGCGAGUCGGCGAUUCCUUCAUGACCCUCACGACCAUGGUGUUGCGCCUUUGCAUCUUUACCGAGGGUCCCGAACCCGAAGAAGACGAGGCCGAGGACGGCGAAGGCGCCGGUGGCGGAGGAGACGGGGAGGAAGAGCCUGAUGUCGUCAAUGUCCGCCUCGAAUUUUUCGUUGCCCUGGUUGUGCGGACUUUGAGCACCAUGCCCGAAGAUUGCGAGCUCGAAAUGUUCGACGGUUGCAUCACCAAGUUCUUCACCAGGGUCUUGAAGCGCGCUUUCCGAGGACGCUUCCUCGGUUUGGAGAUUGUUGAUAAAGACCCAGAGUUUGAAAAGGGCUGUCCCUUGCCCAGAUUCAACAUGCUGCAUCAGUACCAAGUCAACCUCCAGUUUUAUGAUCCGGCGCCUGGUGAGUUCAAGAUCCUGUCCAAGAUCACACAGGGGAACGUUGGACCCUUGUUUGACGCCAUCAAAAAGUUGGAGUCCGAUGUAUGGAGGCAGUCUGCCGAGGCGACCAUGGGUCGUGCUGUGGAAAAGCCCCCCACGGAUGUUGCGUUUGGUGGAUCGAUCUUCGAGGAGAAGAAGGAGGUCGAACCCGUGGUUGAGCCCGAGCCGGAGCCGAAGGCAGCCCCACCCCCGCCAAAGAAAGAACCAGAGAUACCCGAAAAGCCAGUCGAAAAGAUACCUGAGAGGAAGUCGCCUUCGCCCCCGAAGGAAAAGCCAACGCCCCCCAAGAAAAAGCCAACGCCUCCCAAGAAGAAGGCCGUCGUGCCGAGAGCAUCUCCUCCAAAGCCGGUUGGGCCUCAGAUUGUUUCGGUUCGUUCCUAUGACAUCUUUUCGGCUUACCAGGUUCGCGACAAGCAAAUGGACAACUUGAAAGUGGAGCCAACGGCUGGAGACUAUGACGCGUUGGUGGACGCGACAAAGCGCUUUUACGUGAACCAUUUGAAGACGGAAUAUGGUUCCAAGUUCCACGGCAUGGCCCUUUCCGUUCGCAAUGCCCCGCUCUGGGGAGCAGGAAAGCCGGAACGUUGGUACAACGUUUACAUUGACUGGGAUAUUGAAGUGAGCUUUGUCGUUGCUCCCGAGGAAGACGCUCCCACCCGCUGGGAGUUGACCAAGACGUUGGUGUCGGCAGGAUGCAACCAAUAUUUGAGAUCGUAUGUUCGCGGCCUGGAAGGGACCGCUUUCGCCCACACGAGCGCCGUCUUUACAAAACAAGUGGCCGUGUAAUUAAUAAGUGUAAUUGGUGAUUGUUAAACUUUAUAAGGUGGAUGUCUAUAGACUGUAUGAAAAACAUGUCUACUGGGGUGUGUCCGUCUUCUCAUAUACCACUCCCCCUUGUAUGAAUCAGAGUAUAGCCAAGAAUAAAGAGAUCAUGA